UCCGUGUCCCGGGAUGCCUCCGGCCGCGCCUGGCUGGCCCCAGCCCCGGCCCGGCCGCUUCCCGCCCUGGGCAUCAUGAGUUACUUCCUGUCUUACUGCAAAGCUCAUGGCGGCUCGCUGCUCACCGGCUACCAGGCGCUGCGCGCCGAGGGCUUCCUGUGCGACGUGACGCUGGAGGCGGAGGGCAGCGAGUUCCCGGCGCACAGGUCGCUCCUCGCGUGUUCCAGCGACUACUUCAGGGCUCUGUUCAAGAGUCACACCCGGGAAUCCCGGGCGAGCGUGAUCCACCUGCACGUGCCGUCGGCGGCGGGCCUGCAGCGCCUGCUGGACUUCAUCUACACCGCCUGGCUGCCUCUCUCCAUGGACACAGUGGAGGACACGCUGGAGGCCGCCAGCUACCUGCAGGUCACCGAGGCCCUGGGGCUUUGCGGCCGCUACCUGGAGCGCCAGCUGGCCCCAGAGAACUGCUGCUUCGCCGCCAACGUGGCGGCUCGCUUUGGCCUGGCGCACACGCUGGGCGCGGCCGAACGCUGCAUCGUGACCCACCUGAGGGAGCUGCUGGCGCGGGGCGCGGGCCCGGCCGGCCUUCUGGAGCUCAACCCCGCGUCGCUGAGGGCCGUGCUGGGUGCCCCUGACGUGGCGCGGGUGCCCGAGGCCCGGCUGCUGGGCCUGGCGCUGGCCUGGCUGCGGCAGGAGCCUGAGGCCGAACGCCUGGCCCACUGCACCCAGCUCCUUGAGCGGGUCCGCUUCGGCCUCGUGCCCGCCGACGUGCUGCGGCGCGUGUACUCGGGCUCCGGCCUCACCCUGCCCGCCCGGGUCAAGGGCCUCAUCAUCCAGGCCCUCAACUACCACACGUCGCCCUCCCGCCAGCCGCUCCUGCAGGGCGAGCAGACCAGCGUCCGGAGCCCUCAAACCCGCAUCUUGUUGGUCGGGGGGCGCCGGGGGAGGGAGGUGGUGACUGAGGAAGUCGUGGUCCCCGCGCGGGCAGCCCGGGGCAGGGCCGCCGCGCCGGCGCCGGAGGAGGAGGAGGGAGAGGAGGAGGAGGAGGAGGAAGAGGAGCAGGUGGAGGAGGAGGAGUGGGAGCUCACCCAGGACGUGGUGGCCUUUGACGUGUACAACCACCGCUGGCGCAGCCUCACGCGGCUGCCUGCUCCGCUGCUGGGGCACAGCGUGUGUGUCGCGGGCAACUUCCUGUUCGUCCUGGGCGGGGAGAGCCCGUCGGGCGGCGCCUGCUCGCCCCCAGCCGACGGCCCGCGGGCUGUCACGGCCCAAGUGCACCGUUACGACCCGCGCUUCCACGUGUGGACGAGCGCGCCUCCUAUGCGGGAAGCACGGGCCCACUUCUGGUGCGGCGCCGUGGGCGAGGGGCUCCUGGCCGUCGGGGGCCUGGGCGCGGGCGGCCAAGCGCUGGCUUCGGUGGAAAUGUAUGACCUGCGCCGGGACCGCUGGACGGCGGCCGGGGCACUGCCGCGGGCUCUGCACGGCCACGCGGGCGCCGUCGGGGACCGCGGCGUCGUGUACAUCUCCGGGGGCAAGGCGGGGAGAGGCGACGGCGGCGCGAGCAGCCUCCGGGAGGUGUUCUCCCUGGCCCCCGGGGAGCAGGCGUGGAGCAAGAGAGCGCCCAUGGGCACGGCCCGCUUCGGGCACCACAUGGCCGCCCUGCGCGGGGCGGUGUUCGCCUUUCUGGGGCGCUACGAGCCCUUCUCCGAGAUCGAGCGCUACGACCCCAGCACCGACCAGUGGACUCGGCUGCGGCCGCUACCCUACGACCGCUUUUGCUAUGGGCUGGCUUUGGUGGAGGAGACGGUGCUGCUACUGGGCGGCCUCAAGUGGCGGGACUCACGCCAGGUGCCCACCCGCAACGUGGUGGGCUAUGACCUCGACCUGGACCGCUGGGAGGACAUUGGCUGCGCGCUGCCCUGGGCCUGGAGCGGCCUGCAGUGCGCGGUGCUGCAGCUGCCAGAGGGUGGGGACGAGCAGAGGGAGGGAGAGCCCGGGGAGACGCCGGAUUUUGUGCUGGGCUUAAUGGGUUAAGCAGCCUCCGAGCUAGGGAGGAGCAAGUCGUGGGCUUUUCCUAGGCUUGGCCAAAGAGAAACAUUUGCCCUUAUUCUGAGAAUGGGAGACAGGAGGGAUCAAAUUUAGGAUAUGUGAAUCAUCUCCAGUGAGCUGGGGAUUUCUAGAAAUUCUCAUGUUGGGCUGGAGAUGGACUUUCGAAAAUAAAAUAUGACCCCAUUUUCCCUCUUGUACUUAAAAGUGUUUCCCAGGUUCUAAACAGUGAUUAUUUUUGUGCCAAACAGCCAAAAAACGUACCAUAAUAAGUUAUAUACCAGACCAGAAAAUUGUUAGGUAUAAUGACUGUAAUAAAUGGUUCUAGAAGAUGGCAUUAUCUGAAUAAAUAGUGAAGGGAAAGUGCCUUGGUUAAAAAACAUGCAAUCAUUGUAGGGAGAACUAUGAUUUUAUGAUACAGAAUCAUGGUUAUAGUUCUGCUCUGAUUGUUUAAUAUAGAUACGGAACUGAGAAAAAAAAAUCUCCUAGAAAGCACUUUAUUUUUAUUUUUGGAGAAAAUAACCUAGGUUACAUUUUUCUGUACUUCAUCCUUACUUACCCUAGUCUGCCUUUGCUCUGACUUUUGGCAGCUUAUUGGUUUUAAGUUUUAUUUGUACAGCCCUUAGCCAUAAUAAUCCGGCUUCUCUGAUUUAGUAGAACACUUAAAGGGGCUUCCUGGGUGGCGCUAGUGGUAAGAAAGCUGCCUGCCAAUGCUGGAGACAUAAGAGAAGCGGUUCUAUCCCUGGGUUGGGAUGAUCCCCUGGAGGAGGAAAUGGCAACCCACUCCGGUAUUCUUGCCUGGAGAAUCCCAUGGACAGAGGAGCCUGGUGGGCUGCAGUCCAUAGGGUCACACGGAGUCGGACAUGACGUAAGCGACUCAGCAGCAGCAGCUAAGAAAGCCCCUAUUUCUUUCAUCCUCUUUAAAUGUUCAUUCUGCAGACACGCUGUAGCUAAUACUUGUAAAAAAAAUUUUUUUAAGUUUAUUUUUGAUGGUACCCUGCCUCCCAGACCCUCUACCCCACCUUCCCAAAAGAAUCACAGAGAAAGGAAAGAGCAGCAGGUGAAAUUUUAAAGUUUGUGUCAGGUAAAUGGGAAACCAACUUGAUUUUGCAGGAUUUCAGAGAAGAUUCUUGUAUAUACUGGACAUUGCCUCUUCUGGCUUAUACCACAGUGGAGUGACAAAGUUAAAACUUGUAACUGGGGGUGGUGGAGUGGCGUGUGAUUUGGUCACAAAGAAAUGUGAUGUGGACUGCAUGAAUAAAAUAGGUGCUUUAUAAGGAUUCAUUAAGAGCUGAAUUUAUUUGACUUCAGUUUACAGUGCUGCCUCUCUCCUAGAUUUGAAACUAAUGCAAUAAAAUGUACAGAUAUAUAGCGUUAAAGGUCUCUUUCAUGCUAAGCUAGCCACGAGUCUUUUAAAAUUCAUUAGUUUACUUUUUACCAUUUAAAACAACAGAGCCAACUUCACCAAAAUAAAAGCCGCUUAGUAGCAACACAGCUAGUCUUUCCAUCAACUGCUCGCUGUUGACAGGGGCACAAUCUGGCCACUGUAUCCACGACACAUCCAUCAGGUACAGAUAUUUUUAAGUAAAUGUACACAUUUGGUCUAGUAAACAUCAACAAGUCUAAACACCUGUAACAAGCACACUUCAUUUUAGGACAAGAGGUUUCUUUUUUUUUUUUUUUGCUUUUUGUUUUUGUUUUGUUUUUUA